AUGUUAUCAUUCCGAAAUUGUAAAGAAGAGGAACUUGAGAGUGAAAUGAAUAUUCCAUCAACACCCAGUUCUACUUCUGCGGGAAAUAAUACACCUACUUGUUCUGAAUCCAAUUUAAUAAAUAACUCAAAUAGUAACGGGUUGUCUUCAAAUAAUAACGGAACUAAUAAUUGUGGAUCUUCAACACCAUCUUCAUCUGGAGAUAACGAUCAUUUACAAAGACUUGCUCAAAUGGCUCAAGGAGUUGGAAUGAAAGAUUCAGCUACUGCAGUUUCUACCGAUCCAUCUUUAUAUCAAUCAGCUGCUGCUGCUGCCUAUGUUCACCAAUAUGGAAAUUGGCAAAAUGCAUAUUAUCAACAAUUUUCACAACCAAUGAAUCCUACAACAGCAGCCGCUUUUCCAGGAUGGCCAGGAAAUUGUUAUGGUGGUGCUCCACAUUGGUCAAGUUAUGCACAAACAAAAAAAGGAAGGCAAACUUAUCAAAGAUAUCAAACAUCAGUAUUGGAAUCUAAAUUUCAACAAAGUUCUUAUGUUUCAAAAAAACAACGUGAAGAAUUGAGACUUCAAACAAAUUUAACAGAUAGGCAGAUAAAGAUUUGGUUUCAAAAUAGAAGAAUGAAAGCUAAAAAAGAAAAGACAAGAGUUGAUGAUGGAACUGGAGAUCAUGGAUCUCUUUUACCUGCAAAUCCACCUAAACAAAUAAAUCAUUUAAAUCAUAUGACUGGAGGGAAUUCUUUACAAAAUGUUCAAGCAGGUCAACAAUUGAUGCAUAUGAAUACACAUAGUCAAAGACAAGAUUCAUUAUCAGACGCAGCAGCAGCUGCCGCCGCAGCAGGAUUUAGUUUAAUGAAUCCAUGGGGAUCAUCAAUGAAUAACACAUUAAUGGGUUCUAACACUGAUCCAAAUAGUAUGAUUGGAGGGCAAGCUCAUCAUAUGACUAUGGGAUAUCCAGGAAAUAGUACAGCUUAUGGUAUGCAACCAUAUCCAGGAACAUUAUGUCCUCCUAACGUUUGA